GCCAUUCCAUCCGUCAUCUGCCUGCAGGAUUUGUUUACACGGAACUACACAGUCGACAAACAUGAGGAAUAUCGGUCUGAAUAUUCUGCUUUUAUCAUUUGCCCUUGGCGUUUCAGCUCAAGUACCAAAACAAUGUUCGGCACCACCGGAGUACCAACAUGCGAGACUAGUGAAGAAAUACAGCGGCUUACAGAAGUUCCUGAGCGGGGAGAAGGUGUACUAUGACUGCGCCGAGGACUUCACUCCAUCCGGGGGGAGCAGAGCCUUGCAGUGUGUCGCUGGGGGAUGGCGCAAACUGACUCUGAAAUGCCAAAAGAAAUCAUGUGGCAAUGCUGGGGAUCUGCCUCAUGGAGAGUUCCAGUAUGAAGGGAACUCAUUCAUUGGGGAGAAAGCGUAUGCUGUAUGCAAUGAGGGAUACUCUCUGAAAGGACUUAAUUAUAUUAUCUGCAAGAAGUCGGGCUGGACCAGUGACAUUCCGUCUUGUGAAGAGGGAGAGGUCACCUGCCCCCCCCCUGCAGUGGCCCGGCACUUGGUGAGCAGUGCUGGAGCUGUGUCUGUGCACCGGGUGGGGGUCUCUGUGACCUUCACCUGCAGUCAGGGUUUCCAGCUGGAUGGAGCUCAGAGCAUCAGGUGUGGAGCUGGUGGUCUGUGGCAGCCCCUGCCCCCUCAGUGCCGGCCUGCACCAAACAAAACUCUGUCACCCAAUGAAGGCACAGGGGGAUGCAGGGUGCCGGUAAACACUGACAACACUAACCUCGCUGACAGGUACAUCAGAAAGACAUGGUUCGCUUCUGGGGACAAAGUCUAUUACGUGUGUGAUGUCGGAUACGUUCAGGCAGGUGGCAGCAGAUACAGCAGGUGUAUCGAGGGACAGUGGACCCCAAUGGAGUUCAAAUGUCAACGAAAGUCAUGUGGCUCUGCAGGAGAGAUUAUGAAUGGAGAUUUUACAUACACUGGAUUGGAGUUUGGAGACAAGGCUACAGCUGUCUGUGAUGAGGGGUAUCGUCUUGUAGGAAAGGCAACCAGAAACUGCCUGAGUAAAGGCUGGGACGCACGUGUUCCUGCUUGUGAAGCUGUGGUGUGUGAGGAGCCGUUAACAGUGACCAACGCAGAGAUGAGACACCGUCACGAGCCACCGUACACAUACAGGACUGUGAUCAGCUAUCAUUGUCGCGCAGGAACCCUCAUUGGACAAAGGAACAUUUGGUGCACCAAGGAUGGGACGUGGAGUAACUCUCCUCCUGAAUGCAGAGAGGUAUCAUGUCCACCUCCAAAUGUGGCCAAUGCCUACUGGAUGAGAGCUCAGAACAAGCAGUUCCAAGAAAGGGACAACCUCUCCAUCGAGUGUGAGUGGGGGUACACGAUGUCCGGCCCCAGCUCCAUUACCUGUGGUCAUGAUGGCCGCUGGUCCCCUGGCCUCCCUAAAUGCACACCACGUCGCAGUCGCACCAACUGGAGGGGCUAACAAGCUAGCUGAAAUUUGAACUACAUUAUUUAAUCCAACCUGGUUAAACGGCAGUCCAGAGGAUGGGACUAAUGGUCUCUUAAGCUUAAAACUGUCUUCCUGCACUAAUAGUAAUAUAUAUUUCCUACUUGCUCAUAAAACUCGUAUGAACUCAUUGUAAAGACAUUAAAUAUUUGAAAUGAA